AUGGCCCCUCAAAUCGUUGAUCUUACCGAUGACUCUCCUCCGGCAAGCCCGAGGACCCCAACCUCCACUGUCCGACCACUAGUUGGUUCUUCUUACUCUGCUCCAGCAGCUGUGACACAAAACGAACAUCGACCUUGGCGCAAUCUAGAACAACAUGAUGAACAACCUAAGCCUCUUCCCAAAAGGUUGAGAACCUCUAGUGAACCUCUUCCCAAACAAUCAAGACCGCCUCAAAUUCGCCUCGUGAGACGAAGCUCGUCUGAAAAUGAUAUCACCAGGUCGGGAACACAAUCCAUGUUCGACUGUAAUCGACUACAACGGACAUGUUCUUUGUCCAAGGUUCAGUUGACUGAGGCAGAACAUCAUAAAUUCUUAGAAACGGAAAAGCAAGUAAAAUGUACGUCGACUCCUGCAGAUAAUACAGGAGCCUCGCUGAAGUCAGAGAACCUGAAAAUGCUAUUAGAAUGGGCGAAGCAAAAACAAUCUGCCCUUGUGCCGGCUUCUCGUGCAACGGCUCCUCUUACCUCAUCAGCUCCUGCAGUCAGUAGUCCAGUGUCGAAUCCUCCGGUGUCAGCUCCGCCUGUGUUUUCACCUCUUGCGACACCUUUGAUGUCAGCUCAUACAGUCCAUGCUCCUCUUGUGUUGACUGCUAACUCAGAGUGGAAGAUACCUGUAGAGACAUUGAGGCUAUUCCCUGUAGAGACACCUUUUUUUCCCAUGACGAGUGAAAGAGGUAGCUCGUCAUCAAGGGUUGGCAAGGAUGAGAGCGAUGUGGAUCUCAGCGUUUUCAGGGACGACUGUCGUCCAAAAAAACCUGGAGAUAUGGACUGGUCGACAUUGGCAAGAGCUAAUGCCAUUCAUCAUCACCACCAUGGUGACGAAGAUGGAGUUAACUUGGACAUGUCACUCUGA